GUUUAUGUUUUCUUCUAUUAAUAGUCUACACGUAUAAACUCUAUUGUACUAUUUGCGUUUUUUCAACGUUUCGUUUACUUUUAUAAAGUUAAAAUUUAUAUUUUACAAAUACAAAAUGUUUAUUUUGAAAUUAAUUCAAGCGUUUGUGUGUUUGUCAACGUUCAAAAAUACAAUCGUCACAUGAAAAAUGACAGAAGAAGAUGACACGAGAUAUUUUCUAAAUUUAGAAAAUUCAACAAUUCAACCCACCGAAGAGUCUCCUCCAAUGGGGGAUAAGUCAGUUAAUACCUAUAACGAGAUUUUGCAAACAAUAUGUUUGUCUUUGAUGAUAACGUUAUAAUAUAUACCUGUUCGUUCGUCUAAGUACUGUAGCUAACAGUGAAAAUUGUUCGUGUUUUUGUACAAUUUUUAUCAAAAGAAGACAGCAUUCUCAACAUCAGUCAAUUGAGAUGUCGGGGGUUGUGUUCGUAGUGACUGUGCCUUCAGAAAACCAUGAAAAAUCAUUGAAAAAAUCCAUUACUACGCUUAUUAACAAGGAAAAACCAUUGCCAAGUAACAAUCAAAGCGUUAUAUCUAAAUAUGUCGUAAAAGCACAGGAAAAAAGUGCAUCGCUGAACAGAAAACUGAAUAAAGAAUCUAAAUUACUGAACAAUUGGAAGCAUACGUUGAUGCGCUCGAAGUCGUUAGAAAAACUGCCAAAAUGUCUCAAUGAAUGUCGACGAGAAAGUUCCGUCAGUUUUAAAGACGAUGAAGUUAUCACUCAAUUUCCCAUGGAAAAGGAGCUGAAGAAUAUUCUGGAAAAGCUGAAUAUAGACAACGCAUCUUGGACGCUGUGUGAAAAUGACACGUACUGGCAAGUUGUAUUUCCGUCAAAAUCAGGAUGGCAAUGUGAAGAAAUCCUGGAAGCUUUAAAGGAUAACAAAAUUGGACGAAGAUGUCGUUCAAUUGUAUCUGUAAUUCCAUGCAACUUGUACUAUCAUUCCGAUUCAGAAACAAAUAGGAAUUCCGAAGAAUAUAACAUUAGUAAUGUUGAUCUUAAGCAACAAGCAAAAGAAAAGGACACUGGUUGGUCCAGAUUUUUGACGUCAAUAAGAGCUCGCCUAACAGUUGCUCAACUUGUCGAAAGUAUUAAAUCAGAUGCAUUGCUCACUUUUGAUUUUGUAUGUCUAUUGAUUAUUGCAACUGUACUGUGUGCCAUAGGCCUAGUAGAGAAUAGUAAUGUAUAUUUGCUGUCCAGUAUGCUAAUAUCUCCCAUGAUGGGUCCCGUAAUGGCCGCCACAUUCGGCACGGUAAUUAGAGACUCCCAGUUGCAAAAGAUCGGUGUUAACAAUGCCCUAAUUGGAUUGGGAUUAGCAACUUUUGUGGGUUUUUGUUACGGGACCGUCAUUUGUCUCUUUUGUAAUAAAUAUGGCGAAAACGAUUGGCCAACGUUUGAAAUGACUUCCAGGGGUGAAAUUAGGACUUUGUGGGUGGGUUGUCUUAUAGCGUUACUUUCAGGGGCUGCUGUAGCCCUUGGAAUUUUGGGCGACAACGUAGCAUCAUUGGUAGGAGUUGCGAUAUCAACCUCAUUGAUGCCCCCAGCAGUAAACGCGGGGUUGUUAUGGUCUCUUGCGUCGCUUUACAGUAUAAAGGGGAACGACUCCAUUUCCUUAUCUCUACCGCAUCAUCACUAUUCUCAAGAUACUGCCAUCGAACUUGCUGCUUUAGGCGGAAUGAGCAUUUGCCUAACAUUUGUAAACAUCGUCUGCAUCUAUCUUGCCGGUAUAUUAGUUUUUAAGAUAAAGGAAGUUGCUCCUAUGACAUCUAAAGAUCAAGCGAAACGCAGAUUUUGGAAGCACGAUAUCAAAAUAGCACGUGAUUACAAUCGCACGUUUCAGAAUGAUGAUGCAAAAGCUUUGUACGACCAACUGCAGAAAGAAUUGAAUUAUCAAGUGAUGUCGGAUCACGUUCAGGACUCGGGAUACAACAGAAACAAUCGUCAUCAUUCUACUGAUUAUCUACGAGAAAAGCCGAACGGCAGCUGGGGCUUUUCUCAAUAUACCUGGUCUCCAUGUACGAACGAUCAACAAUUUAAUAGGCCAACAGUUCAAGAACUUCACCACCUUUACAAACAUUUAUUAGAAAAGAAAUAUGGUUUCGUAGGAUCAAGAAAACCGAGCCGUGCGUGGUCAAAUCAGCAGCAAAUGUUUGAAGAAGAGAAUUAUCCUGUGUCUGAGCAGGAUCUGGUGAUAGAUAUUCCUGAAGUGAAUAACGGCUCCGAAAGCCCUCUCCUUCCAGUAAAUUCAUCAGAUAAUUCUGCAAAUGGUUAUUUUUCUCGCCCUAAAAGGUUUACAGUAACACCUUCGAGUUCAGAUCCACUUAAGGAGAACACGUAAGUAAUUUUAAAAAGAAUGGAUAAAUUAUGUUACUUUCAUAGGUCAAACAAACAUUUAACGAAGUAUAAUGUACUCAUUUUUCAAUUUUGUGUAUCUACAUUGUACACUACGUACUAAUUUUAUAGAUUAUAUUUUGCUUUUAUAGUUUUUGUUAGGUACCUUAAAUUCAUCUAGUAUUUUAGGCAUUCGUAUAGGAAUAACCACUUUAUAUGUAAAGUAAAUGCCUUUUUUUACCGUCUAUUAAGACCUUUUAUGUCUCUGGGUGAUAUUUUUACUGUAUAUAAAAAUAA